AUGUUCUCAUUCCACUCUCAUUCAGGCCAGUUCUGCAUGCACGCCAAGGGCACCCUGGAGCAGGUCAUCCAGUCUGCCAUAGACAGGCGCUUCACAACCUACGGUCUCUCCGAACACAUGCCCCGAUACAGCCCUGAUCAGCUUUAUCCCGAGGAGUCGCACUUGACGGUGCAGGAUCUGGAAAACAUGUACGACCAAUUCCUCCAAGAAGCCGUCCGUCUGCAAUCCAAAUACCAGGACCAGAUCUGCCUCCUCAUCGGACUCGAGACCGAAUAUUUCAAUCGCGACUCUGUCGGACUUGUCAGGACACUGCGUCAACCCCGCCGACAGUACAAGCUGAGACCCUCACAGGACGAUUCUACAACAACAGGAGCGACGGCGGUUGAGUUGCCACAAGUGCAGUACAUUGUCGGAUCGCUGCACCACGUCCACGGCGUGCCCUUGGAUUUCUCUCAAGAAUUGUACCUCAAGGCAUUGGAAACUGUCGGAAAGGGAUCAUGGGAGACCUUGUUCCGGGAAUAUUUUGAUUCCCAGUACGAGAUGCUCCAGGGACUGGAACCCGAGGUUGUGGGACAUUUGGAUUUGGUCCGUAUCUUUUUCGGAGCCAUCAAAGGAUGCCAUGGUCACGGUCAUGGUCACGGUCAUGAGGAUGGACGCGAGGAAAGUGGACAGGAGUUGAACCAGAACAGAUUGACGGAGGAGUUAUGGACACUGGUCAAGCGGAAUGUUGACUUUGUGAUAGGGUAUGGAGGAUUGUUUGAGCUCAACUCGCGGGCUUGGAAGAAGGGUCUUGCUGACGCCUACCCACAACGCGAUAUUCUCGAGUAUAUCUUGUCCAGGAACGGAAGGGUAACCCUCUCCGAUGACUCUCACGGCCCAGAUGACGUGGGCAUGUUUUACAACCCCGAAUUGAAGCAGUACCUGGACCAAAUGAAGAUUCAACAAGUCUACUACCUGGCACCCAACCAAACCAAGACACGCGAAGGAGUGAUCUACGAGACGAAUGCUUCCGCUGAGACGGGAUCCUUCCAACACGUCCAUGUUCGUGCCAUUCUUACGGAUUCUUUAGACUUUUACUCUUCCAAAUGA